AUGCCUGCGAGGCAGUUGGCUCCCACCAAGAAAAGGAUAGAACUCCCAAUAACCAGGGACAAAAGGGACAAUAAGCCUAGUCGGCGGAUGCGCGUAAAGAAAAUCAUGUUCGUAAAGCAUGCGAUGCGCCCAGAUAUCAGAGAACGCGAUGAUCAUUUGAGAGCUGUCCGUGAAGACACAAGAAAAGCAAAGAGAGCCUGGCCACAGCGAAGCAUUAAAGCAAGAAGCUGUACAGACUGGGACGAGCCAAGCCAAGCCAAGCCAGCCACAGAAAGAUGCCUGGGUUCAAAUUCCGACCAGGCAGACUUAUUGUCACAGCUACUCGUCCGACUCUCCGCGUUUCUAGCCUACCUGGAAGCAUUCAUGAGUGCAACACUGCAUUUGUUCCUUUUCCCGACCCGGAACGGCGACAGCAUCAUCCCGUUGCGCGCCAUCAAUGGCCAAGACGAUUCAGACGACUUUGGCUGCGAUGAUCCGGAGGCCGUGAAGUUGAUGAUUGACUUCCUCUACCUACACAACUAUGAGCCUGACACACCACCCAGCGCAGUAAACCAAUCGAAUAAUCCAUUACCCGGGAAGAAUUCCGAUGAAGUUUUUGGAGGAGGCUCAACCCUUGAAAAUGAUGGAUUCGCUGAAGAUACCGCUCGGGAAGAGGAAAAGCGUGUUGAGGACUCUGUCGUUGACGCAAACCAGAUGGACGGAGGUAAAGACCCAACGGACAAUUGCGCUGCUGCCGCUUUCUCUCCAGUGGAUGGCCCAUUGGGAGGGGGCGUUCUCACAAUACAGAGCAAGAUGUAUGUGCUGGGCUCGAAAUACCACAUCCCUUCUCUACAAACAACGUCUUUGAGCAAGUUUGACGCUGCAGCGAAACAGGAUUGGGAGACGGAUGACCUUGCUACAGCCAUAUCAAUUGCAUUCGGCAAUACGCCAGAGUCAGACACUUUACUUCGGAAUCUCUUAAUUCAAGUCAUCUUAAAGCAUCUGCACAAACUUGUUGGGAACCAAGCGUUUGCAAACGCAAUCAAUCAAGUUGAAGGAUUGCUCAUGGAGUUAUUAAGGGAGAAAACAUUGCUUCACUAUUACAAGAUCGCUUGCAGCAUUUGCGGAGGAAGUAAAGCAAGGAUCUGUGCCGUACUGUGCCACAUGCCCAAGGCCAUGGUGAAGGCCUUUAUUGUGGCGGACAUACAAAUCCUUCUGUUUACAGUAACUUGUCUUCAAUACUCUUAA